CAUGCAUGAGUCGCUCUCGGCAGUCGAUCUGCGCGCAGUCGAACACUACUACGACGACCACGAGUGCGAGCAGAAGUCAAUUGAUUUCAAUACAGGCGCAUCGCAGUCUGGAUCGAUCGAUUUUCAGCAUGAUCGUCGAUACUUUGAGCGGCAAACUGAGAGGUUCCAAGGAGGCCUGUAAAGAUACCGAAGAUGGCCGAUUUUACUACUCUUUCAAGGGUAUACCCUACGCCGAGCCACCGACUGGACAAUUGAGAUUUCGAGAUCCCGUAGCGGUGAAGCCAUGGAAAGGAGUGAGAGACGCUCUGGCACACGGAGCCAAUAGUCCUCAAUCGGACUUCAUUACGAGCUUGAUCGGCGGCAGCGACGACUGCCUCUACUUGAACGUCUACACGUCGGCAAAGUCGAUCGGCGAUGGGGAUGGCUUCGAGUCGCCGCAACGACUUCGGCCGACCAUGGUCUGGAUUCACGGCGGCGGCUUCAUGUUCGGCAGCGGCGACGACACGCUUUACGGGCCCGACUACUUCAUGGCCAAGGACAUCGUCCUCGUCACUAUUAAUUACCGUCUGGGAGCUUUGGGAUUCUUGAAUCUGGAGGACGAACUCGCGCCGGGCAAUCAAGGGCUGAAGGACCAGGUGUUGGCUCUCAAGUGGAUUCGCGACAACGUCGCCAGCUUCGGAGGAGACCCCGAGAACGUGACGAUUUUCGGAGAGAGCGCCGGAGGUGCCUCCGUUCACUAUCUCUCGAUAUCGCCCAUGGCGAGAGGUCUAUUUCACAAGGUCAUCAGCCAAAGCGGCGUAAUUUUCAAUCCGUGGGCACGCACGCCAGCGAACUCCGCGAGGAAGUGCGUUUACAAGCUCUGCGACAAGCUCGACAUCUCGACGCGGGAUCACAAAGAGAUUCUCGAUCAGCUGCGAAGCGUCGACUGUCUCGACAUCGUCCGAGCUCAAGAGCAAAUCUUGACACCCGAGGAAAAAGCCUCGUUCUUGUUCCCGUUCGGGCCGGGCAUCGACGCCCUGUCGCCGGAGCCGUUCAUGGCCCGCGAUCCGGUCGAGCUCGCGGCCGCACAAGGUGUACAACUGCCUCUUCUGCUCGGCCACAACACUCGAGAGGGCAUACUUUUUCUCCGAUACUGUCGCAACAUGGACACGUACAACGACGAUUUAAAAAAGUAUUUGCAUCCGCACGCGGUCGAGCUGAUGAAGAGCUACGAUCUGACCUUGGACGAUCUGAAGCAGUUGUACUUCGAGGACGGCCGGAUCAGCCAAGCGAAUCGCGACAAGUUCCUCGAUCUCACCGGCGACUUAUACUUCAACGAGGGCAUACAGAGACUCGCCAAGGUGCAGGUGAGCGUCGGCUCGGCGCCUACCUAUCUCUAUCGCUUCUCCUACGACAGCGACGUGUCGGCCCUCAAGGCCAUACUCGGCGCCCUGGACAUCCGGGGUACGUCGCACGGCGACGAGCUUCAGAAGCUGUUCCGGGCCCGCCUCAUGGACACGAUGUCUGCCGGGGGGCUGGUCAAGGGCAGCCAGGCCUACAAAGUCAUGCAGCGUAUGAUCGAGAUGUGGGUCAACUUUGCCGCGACCGGGAGGCCGACCCCGGAGCCGAGCGAGCUCGUACCGAUUUAUUGGCAGCCGGUGAACGACGGCGACGUUCUCCGCUACAUGGAUAUCGGCGCGGGCCUGCGUAUGAAGGUCGAUUUGAAUUUAGAGCAGCGUUUCUUGAGCCGGCGAAUUUGCCAACCGAAAUUGAUCGACAUGGCUGAAGAAUCGUUGAAAGAACCAACCAGGAAAAUGACUAAAGUCGAAUCCAAAGAGGAAAUUGCAGUUACCAAGUACGGUAAAGUGAAAGGAAUAAAGAAGACUGCUUUAGAUGAAUUCGAUUUUUACGCGUUCAAAGGGAUUCCGUACGCCAGACCCCCCGUGGGAGAACUUCGAUUCAAAGAUCCGGAAUAUCCCGAAGCAUGGGAGGAUGUACUGGACGCGACCAUGCACAGGGACGCCUGUGCUCAACCGAAUCUCAUGACGAAGGCCUUCGAGGGCAGUGAAGAUUGUCUGUACCUAAAUGUUUACACGAGGCAAUACAAGAGCGGCGACGAGCCGGUGGAAGCGAAACCCGUCAUGGUUUUCAUUCACGGUGGAGCUUUUCUCUUUGGCAGUGGCGACGACACCAUCUACGGGGCUGAUUAUUUAUUGAGAAAAGACAUCGUCUUGGUGACAUUGAAUUAUAGACUGGGGGUGCUCGGCUUCCUCAAUCUCGAGGACGAGCUCGCGCCUGGCAAUCAGGGACUCAAGGACCUCGUGAAAGCUCUCGAGUGGAUUCGCGAUAACAUCUCCACUUUCGGAGGAAAUCCAAAAAACGUGACGAUUUUCGGAAUAAGCGCCGGCGGCGCCGCUGUACACUUCUUGACACUGUCACCGUUGGCCAACGGUCUCUUCCACAAGGCCAUAAUGCAGAGCGGCUGCGCCUUGAAUCCCUGGGCUUACAGGAAGGACGACGCGGCGAGAUUCGUCUACAAGCUUUGUGAGAUUCUUGGCCACACCGAGCGAGAUCACGAGGGUAUAAUGAGUUUCUUGAGGGGCGUCCCGGCCGAGAACUUGAUCCAAGCCCAGGAGAAGCUGAUCAGCAAAGAGGAGAAAAAACGUUUCUACUUUCCGUUCGUGCCGGGGGUCGACGCCAAGUCGAGCAAUCCCUUCAUGCCGAUCGACGUCUUCGAAGCCGCCAAAAAGGGCGUCAAGGUACCACUCAUCAUUGGCUCGGCAUCGCGCGAAGGUUUAGUUCUUUUGGAAGAAAAUCUGUCCUGCUUCAAGUACAAUGAAAUUGAUUACGAUCACAUGAACGAGCACUUUGACAAAUACCUGAAUCCAGUUGUUGAAGAUUACUUCAAAAACAAGUACAGGAUGAACUUGCGAACUUUGAAAAAAUGGUACUUCGAUGAUGCCCUUAUUUCGGCGGGAAAUCUGGGCAAUUUCUUCGACAUGGUCGGCGAUCUCUACUUCAUGGAGGGCAUUCACACGGUCGUUGGAAUACAAGUUCAAACAAAUUCCAAGAAUACUUUCAUGUACGAGUAUGCUUUUGACGAGGGCAUGUCGCUGGUGAAGUCGAUGUCGACUUAUAAAACUAAGGGUACAUGCCACGGGGACGAGAUCGUCAGCCUGUUCCGGACUUACUUGUUGGAGCAGCACGGCGUGCCGGCGCACACGAAGCACUCCAAGCCCUACUCGAUCAUGGAGAAGAUGGUCGACUUGUGGACAAAUUUCGCCCGACUAGGCGAGCCCGAUCCAGCGACGUCCGACCAGUUGACAAGCCCAUGGAGUCCGGUGAUGAGCGACAAAAUUCUCAGUUACUUGAAAAUCGACCGUAUUUCACGCGUCAGGAGCGUCAUCAAUAUGGAGCGCAAUUAUGAGGUCAGCGGCCCGGUCAUGGCAGGAUAUUCGCCCAAUCCGGUUGAUCUCGAUGAAUCCGUCGAGGCCGACGCACCCAAUCCCAUGGAUGAACUCAUCGUAGCGGAUGCAGAGGCCGCGGCAUUAGAGGCUGAACAAGCCGAAGCUGCUGCAGCUAACGAAGCUGCCGGAGCUGAGGUAGCUAAUGCAGCCGAAGAAGCUGAUGCAGUCGAAGGAGCUAAUGCAGCUGACGGAGCUAACGCGGCGGCUGACGGAGCCGACGGAGUCGACGGAGCCGGCUCAUUUUCAGCCGAUGAGUAAUUGUACAAAUGCACAUGAAUUUCAAAAUACUUGCCUACUCGGCAACUCUUCUGUGAAUUGAAUAUAUAUUUCUUUUAAAUAUGUCUUUGGAUCUUUUUAAA